AUGAAUCAAUUGAACGUUCAUCUUCUGCAUCUACCCGAUGAGAUAUUACUUAUUAUUUUGAAAAAAUUAAACAAUAUUGAUGUUCUUUAUUCAUUAUUGAACAUUGAUAAUGAACGACUUAGCAUUUUAGCACAAGAAAAAAUCUUCAGUAACACUCUCAAGUUUGUAUCCAUUGAUAAUAUUUCUUCAAUAGAUCACCACAAAAUUGAUCGAUUUUACAUCGAUAUAUUGCCAAGAAUUCAUCACAAUGUGAAAUGUUUUAUACUUGAACCAGUUUUAAUGGAAUGUAUUCUUCUUGCUGCUGAUUAUCCAAAUCUAACUGAAUUGAAACUUUUUAAUUUUGAACAAAAAAUUGCUUUAAAUUAUUUUACAAAUGAAUCACCUCUUCGACAUAUUUUUCAACAACAAAUCACAGAACUUAUUCUUGGAAAUAGGGACAGAAACGAUAUGAUAGGAUCAUCAAAGAAGUAUACUACAAAUGUCUAUGGACAUAUCUUAAAGUUCUUUAAAAAUUUGAAACAUUUGACUAUUAUUGAAACAUUCAAUCCAUCAUAUCCACGUUUAUCACUUCAUAAGUUACCACCAACUACUUUUUCCUCUUCAACUCUUACUCAUUUAUGUAUCAAUAUGUAUACAUUAGAUGAUUGUCUUUAUUUACUUGAUGGUCGACUCAAACAAUUAUCUUCACUUAUUAUUGGAAUAAGUUACGUAGACGAAUUUUCAUCAAUCGUCCACAAUAUGGAUAAUCUACCUAAUCUAAAAUAUUUCUCAUUAAAAUGUUAUGUUCAAAUUAACCAAUAUGAUAAUAAAAUUCUACCUCUUCUUCAUCGUAUGUCAUUUUUGGAAAAACUAACUUUAUAUCUGCGUAUAAAAGAUCGAGCCAGAUUCAUUGAUAAAACUCAUCUGCAAAAUGAAAUUCUUAUUUAUAUGCCACGACUUCAUUCGUUCACUUUUUAUAUUUCUACUGAUCAUAAUACUGUUGAUUUAUUUCAUGAUGUGCCUAGACAAGAUAAUCAACGAAUUGUCACAAAUAUCGGGCAACAAUCAAUGGCUAAUAUCAUACAUUAUACUAGUAUUAAUAAAGCUGUAUAUCAUAUCUUCUCACUUCCUUUUGUAUUUGAUCAUCUUGAAGAUAUUGGCAACAUAUUUACUGAUACUAUAUUUAAUUAUGUUACAUAUUUACUGGUGCAAGAUAUAUUUCCAUUCAACCACGAAUUCUUUAUUCGAAUCGCCCGAUCUUUUCCGUUACUAAACAAUUUACGUAUUGUAAAUUUUCAAUCACAGUCGACAUGUAAUCUUAACACAUUUUCAUCUGAUAGUAGCCAAUCAUAUUCAAUUGCUGAAUAUCCUUAUCUUACUUCACUUGACGUGAGAACUGCAGCUAUUGAUUAUGCAGAACAAUUUCUAAAUGAAACAAAGACAUAUGCACCGUAUCUGACUGAAUUAACAAUUCAUUAUCGUAAUUUGAAAAUGGUAACAAACGACUUUACAAGAGAAGAAACACGGCGGAGUUGUGCGAAGGUCAAACGACUAAUUAUGAUAGGCACAUGGGUACACUCCAAAGAUUUCUAUCUUUAUUUUCCUUUGUUAUAA